AUGAGCUACUUUCACGCCAACAACGUUCUUGUGAUGUUUUUUUUCCUCUCUUUAUUAUCAUUGCUUAAUAACACUGUGACUGGAUUUUCAGAACAUGAUCACUCUUUGAUGGAUUCAUUAUCUAGCAGAAAAGAAGUGGUGGAAAUUGCUGGCUAUGGAGAAGAGAAGCUUUCAACUGUUCUUAUUACUGGCUCACUUCAUUGUGAACCUAAUCAUCAUCCACAUGCAUGGCCAAUACCAGGAGCUUGGGUUGCUGUCAACUGCCAAAGCCAUGGCAGUGAAAGAAAAGGAAAAUCAAUGGUAGCAAAAGGUGUAACUGAUGAAUUUGGAGAUUUUAUGGUGGACCUCCCAUCCUACCUUCAUGCUAUUCCCAACUUGGAAAAAACAUGCAGGGUGAAAGUUCAUAAAAUUCCAAAGGGAUCACUUUGCAGACCAACUCGUCAAGUAAGAAAACACAAUGGACUGUUUAAGCUCUCUUCCAUUGGGAAUGGCAUUCGCACCUAUGAUGCCGGAAACAUAAGGAUCCAGCAUUCAACUUCUGAGCCACGGCAUGCACCACCACGCAAAGACGUCAAGGAAAUUAAGGAGUGGGUUUGA